UCAUUUAGGAACAGAGGUAGCCUGAAAGAAGCAAAGAGCUCCGGAUCCCAAACCAACCCACGUAGUAAAGUAUUUUUACAUCUUUUCUUUUCCCCAGAAGAGAUCCCUGACCUGUCAUUUUAUUGACAGCUGGGCUGUUACAGGCUCUUUCCCAGAAGUUGAACGAAGAAGCUCCUGUUGCCGUUUCUUCCCUUCCAAGUCAAGUGGAUUCCCUGGUAAUGGACUGCCUCUCUCCGAGCUUCCACCCUGGUGAGACUCUCCAGAUCUAAGUCUGCAAACCCAGCUAGGAAGAAGCACUGCUGUAAAAAUGACUGAAGAGCCCAUAAAAGAGAUCCUGGGAGCCCCAAAGGCACCCAUGCCCGUGACGCCGGAGAAGAACCCCAAGAGCGAAGUUGUGGUCCCCACAGUGCCCCUGGUCAGUGAGAUUCAGCUGAUGGCCGCGACAGGGGGCGCCGAGCUCUCCUGCUACCGCUGCAUCAUCCCCUUCGCCGUGGUCGUCUUCAUCGCAGGCGUCGUGGUCACCGCGGUGGCGUACAGCUUCAAUUCCCACGGCUCCAUCAUCUCCAUCUUUGGCCUGGUUGUUCUGUCAUCUGGACUUUUUUUAUUAGCCUCCAGCGCCCUGUGCUGGAAGGUGAGACAAAGGAGCAAGAAGGCCAAAAGACGGGAGAGUCAGACAGCUCUCGUGGCAAAUCAGAGAAGCUUGUUUGCUUGAGACUGAAGGAGACCCAGUGGGCCAUGUGGCCCCAAAAACCUGCUAUAACUUUGUCAGCCGAUGCACCCAGAACCGUCGAGGGAGACAGUUGACGUGGUAUUGGAGCAGAUGAGAAGAAAUGGGGGUGGGUGGGGGUGGAGGAGUUUCUCCUUUGAGAGAAAUGACUUGUGUCUUCUUUAAUGACAAACUUAACCCUAAGGGCUAUUUCUAAGACUGAAAAAUCAGCUUUCUCUUUACGUUAAACAUUUUGGGGGGUCAUAGGAGGUGCCCAGCAUUAGACAGCAAUUGGUUCACCCUAGAAAGUAGCCGAGAAAAGAUGGAGUGGUC